GACCACCAGCCAACCCAACAAAUAUAAUAUCGGGCGGAGGCCAAAACCCCUCCCCUCUCUUCUGCGAAUACCCUCACACCAUUUGAAAACCUCCGCAGACCCCAGGAGGAAUUUGCCGUCUUCCAUGGCGACAUCAAUUGCUUCACAGCUUCAGGCGAUCAAAUCCCUAGUAGUCUCUGAUUCAGAGCCGCAGAAACGGCCAUUUUCACGGCCUUCAAUCUUGUUCCAACCAACCGAAGCAGCGGACAUAGACGUCGAGACCAUCUAUUCCAUCGCUCUCACAGGCCUGGAUGUGCUAAUAAGUACUGAAGAAAGAUUCAGUAAUUACAAAAAUGACUUAUUUAGUCCCAAAAGUAGAGAUUUGGAUAGGGAAUUGAUGGGGAUUGAUGAAAACAACAGAAUCAAUUCAUCAAUCAGUUCAUAUUUGCGGCUACUGUCUGGAUAUUUUGAGCUGCCUUCAUCGUUAAAGACACUAGAGUAUUUGAUUCGAAGAUACAAGAUUCAUGUCUAUAAUAUGGAGGAGUUAAUUUUAUGUUCUUUGCCAUACCACGACACACAUACAUUUGUUCGAAUCAUCCAACUACUAGACACAGGGAAUACAAGAUGGAGAUUUCUUGAUGGGGUGAAGAAUACUAGUGCACCACCACCUAGGAAGGUUAUCGUGCAACAAUGUCUCCGUGAUAUGGGGGUUUUGGAAACUUUGUGCGAAUAUGCCACACCAACAAAGAAGGUUCAACCAUCUGUGCCUGUAAUUGGAUUCUGUACUGCUGUGGUUGUUGAGGUGUUGGGCUCCCUAAUGACUAUUGACAGUGAUGUUGUGAAGAGAAUUCUACCUUAUGUUACUUCUGGACUUCAACAUCGUGGUAAACGAGGUGAUGAUCAAAAGGCGGGUGCCUUGAUGAUUGUAAGCCUGCUAGCUGAUAAGGUAGCCCUAUCACCCAAUGUUGUUAGAAGCUUGAUUCGCUUCCUAGCAGACGUGUCUAGCAGUGUUGCAAGGGAUUCAACUGAUGUACAAUGGUUUCGUAUGUCCUUUAUGGCCCUGGUGAACCUUGUUCAGUUGCAAGCCGUGGAAUUAAUUCCAAAGAAGAGCAUGGACAUUCUGAAUGAGAUCAGGGAUGUGCCGGAAAUUCUCAGUGGUCUGACAGAAGAGUUCAACAUUGAUAAGUUCCUGGGCAUAUUUUUGGACUCUCUACUUGAGUACAGUUUUUCUGAUGAAUUAUUCCAUCAGACUUUAAUAGUGAUAAUUGAGAAUGUUCCCGUGAAACGCUUUGUUGAUCGUAUAGUCACAAAGAUUCUAAAUACAUGUGCAAGGCUAUAUAAGAACAGAGAUUCAACAGCCUCUAACACAGGAAAUUUGGCUGAACAAAUUGUGGCAUCUUUACAUAAGAAGUAUCCAUCUGAGCUGCGAAAUGCAGUUAACAAUUUUCUUCAGUCCAAGAAAGAGGGAUCCAAUCAUGAAAUGCUAAGUCGGAUGCUAGAUGGGAAUAAGGAUUUCUCACAAACACUACUUUAUUCAAAACUGUGGUUUUCCUUGGAGCAUCCUAAGGCAGAGAUUCGCCGUUCUGCUAUUUUGGGGUUGGAUGUGCCAAGUUUGUUAAAGGAAAAGGCUGCUAGUUCUCUGAGAUUUGGUACUAUUCAAGAUGCAUUAUCAAAUAGGCUUUAUGAUGAUGACCUAAGUGUUGUUAAAGCAGUUUUAAAUGUGGAGGCACUAGCUGAACUAGUAAAUCCUUCAUUUCUUCAAGAUGCACUUCAGAAUGUGCUUCAAAGAUGCAUUGGAACUUUGGGAUCGAGUUCAGUGCAUGAGUCCUCUUUAGCAGUUGAUGUUGCUGUGGGCUGUCUUCAGCAUUCUGUGUCAAGUUGCCAAGGGAUUGGGUUUUCUGCUAAGAAAUUUGCAGCAUUAGUUUUCCCAUUGAUCUUGAUUUUUCCGAAGACACAUGAAUUGAAUGCAAAGGCUUUGGGAAUGGCCAGGGAAAUAAAUUGGCCUUUGUAUACCAAGCUUGCAUGUGUGUCAGAGCAUAAGAAGAUAUUGGAUGCUAGCUCUAUAUCCUCGGUAAAUGCAGAAAAUGUCCACACAUUGGCAACAACUCUCUUAAUGCAUCUUGAAGAGUAUCUUCCUUGGAUGGUAGAAUGCUGCAAUGCAUCGGAGCAAUCAACAACACUGUUCUUAUUGGUUUUAUUGGACCUACUCACGUUGCCAGAAAUAGGGGACCAGAGUUUGACGUUGUUCAAUAUUUGCUUUCCAAUAUUAAAAACUCAAUGGGAAAUGCUCAAGUCGUCAGGGAAUGUUACAUCUGCAAGUCCGGCACACAAGCUUAAACAAUUUUCCAAACCUGUUGAGUUAAUUACGCUUGUUCUCAAUUUUACAUUAUCUUCAGUUUAACGUGGACACGGAUGGAGGCCACAAAAGGUUCCUGGAACGCAUGGAUGUCACUAAAAUAAAAGAAUUAAAUGCAGAGAUUCUUGUCUCUGUGUUUUGGAGAUUACUUGAGACUUUUAUUUCGAAUGCACCAGAAGAUGUAUUAUUGGACAAGAAUGAGAAGUGGGUUUGCUCUCUUCAGGACCUGCAUGUCUUUUUCAUGUCCCAAUCAAAACAUACAUUCAAGAGGCAUCAUGAUUACCUUGUUACAAACUGCAAGAUUUCUCCAUCUCGCUAUCUCUCUAAAUUCUUCACUGAAGAAGGUCAUUCAGCAGAGCUACACAUUGAGAGUCUUCAUUCUUUUUCAUAUCUUUGUUCUCAAACGGAGGACAGCCUUGCAUUUCAACUCUUUGCUGAGUUUCCUUCAGUUCUUGUUCCAUUAUCAAAUGAUAACCAGUGUGUGCGGAUGGCAGCCAUG